AUGGUGGUUUCCGAUGAGAGCCACCGCCUUCUUUCUCGAUCCUUUUCUAAUUUCAAGUCUUUGUUUUUUGAGGAAUCUGCUUAUGGAUUCGGGUAUGACUCUACUACUGAUAACUACAAUGGUAUUAGGAUUGACGUGUCUGGGGAUGAAAGCGCUAAUGAAAUUCUGGCAUUAAAGAGUGGUUCCUGGAGAAAAAUUGAUCCAACCUCAGGUAGGUCAGAUAGCUCUUUGUUGUCUAUUCGGGAACGUGCAUUUCAUUGGCUUGGUAUUUUAUCAAGGCUUUCCGUGGUUACGUUUAAUAUUUCAGAUGAAAUGUACGGAGAGAUAGCAUUGCCAGAGACCAUGUGCUUGCUCCCUUUAUUUAAAAUCAAGAUUGAUUUUGAUGUGGGCGCAUCAGUGUUGGGAGGAGAGCUUUGUGUUUAUUACACGGACGAGAGAAUUUUUAAUUUAUAG